AAGCUGUCAGAGCUCAUAAUCAAGGUAGUAGAAAUAUUUUAUUUAGAUUAUUAGUCUGCUUGUUGAUGUGAAUUUUGCUUCCGUGGCCAUCACGAUGAGACAAAAUGGUCCAAAUCAAGCGCCGCGACGUAAACUUAUACCAAAUCUAUUCAGUAGCAUACUGAAUGUGGUCGCCGAAUCGGAUCGUCCGCUGACGCAGCACGAGAUUGUAGAGGCCGUAUCGGAACGUUUGGAUCGUUCCGAUGAGGAGCUGAAGCGUCAAAUAACCGUCAAUUUGCACGAUGCCCUCAUCUAUGGAUAUCUGCGGGUUAGGAACUAUCGCUACUCCAUUGUGCAAAGUCGCUUAGAUCCAAAUGAGCCGCGGGAGCAAAGCCUAAACGUUUCCAGUUGCAAUGCUUCCCCUGAACAGGUCAACAGAAGCCGCGAGGAGGCCCGCGUAAAAGAACCUGGAAGUGAGCAGCCAAAAGCAGAGAAAGGAAGUGCACCAUGAUAAAGUAAGAUCAUAUUGGCCCAUAAACCAAAUUCAUAAUCUGUGCCGCACAUAUUCGCCUAAUAAUAUAAUAAAUUGUUACAAAUACUAGAAUA